AAAGAUUUUUGGCCAUCUCUCCGUAAAAGGCGCUCUGUCGCGGGCUGCAGGAGCAACAACCCCUGAACUUACAAUUAGUGCGCCAAGGACGAGGAAAUUCGCGUCCGUCCUCCUGGCGAGAGAAACGCAAGCAAAAAGGGCGCGUCCCGAGCAAAGCCGGCCAGAUGAGCGAGAACAACAAUAAUGACCUAGAGUUGCUGCGAGCGCUGUACGACUUCAACGCAACAGACCCAAAGACGCUGAGUUUCAAGCACGACGAGCUGUUCAUCAACCUCGAGAAAAACAUCGGCUCGCGCAAGUGGUGGAAGGUGGUCAGCAAGGAUGGCCAGGUCGGCUUCAUCCCCUGCAACUACGUCAGCAGCCAGGAGGAGAGCGUGGAGGACGUGCUGAACUUCAUAGAUGUGUGCUGCAUCGCGCUGCAAAACUCUGGAGGCUCGUCUGCAAAGCUGCUGAGCGAGCUGCAGGCGAAACGGAAGCGCGUAACCGGCGCGUGUGAUUCAUUCGAAAGCUCAAACCCCAGAGCUCCGCCCGAGGGGGCGCCGUCUCUGCCAAACAACGAAAUUAAAUCGGCCUCUUCCCACUCACUUUCCACAGACAUGAACGAGGAGCAAAGAGCGGAGGCAGCCUACGAGCUGGUGCAGCAGGUGCGGCAGAAGACCGGCCUGAAGCACGAGCUGUCCUGCGUGGCCGUCAGGGUGGUGCUCGAGGGCAUGCGCCAGCUGCCCUUUGACAUGGUGUCCGCGCCCGUCGUCUCGGUCGCCGGCUCGCUCAUCUCCUUUCUCGACGCCGCGCACGAAAUGCCUGAUUCGGUCCUCGACAACACCCACGAUGCCUUCAGGUUGCGUGUUGUGUUAGAGGAGUUGGCCACCGCGAAGGACGACGACCAGCAACGAAGCUGGAUGCUGCACGAGGACGAACAAACCCUGAAGGAUUAUUUGUCCGAACUGCAAAGCAUUCUGCGUGAUGCUGACUCGAAAGUGUGCAUUCGCGUGCUGGAGCGGAUGCAGUGGGAGGGUGUGGAGGUGCUGCUGCAGUUCUACCAGAUGGAGUGCCGGUGGAGCGUGCGCGAGUUCCUGCUGCGGGCGCUGUCCGGUCUGUGCGCGCUCCACAACACGCCCAGGGUCAUCAUGCUGUCCUCCGUGCUGCCCAUGGAGCUCGCCAGGGACAUGAUGAGCAACCCCAACGACCUCGCCAGGCUCGUCGACUCGGCCAACCUGCUCACCAUGAUCUUCAGCACGGGACAGCCCAUGCCGGUCACACACUUGGAACACAUGGGAGCGGCGUUUGUCGAGUUCCUGCACAACAACGUCGAGCAGCCGCCCGAGUGUGACGUGGCAGACCAGAUUCCAGACGUGUUCCUGCGUCUUCUCGUGGCCAUAAACUUGCAGUUUGAAGAUGGCAGCGAGAACGUGCUGCUGUACGUGCUCUCCAAGUGCUCCGUCGCACAGAGCUUCACCGAAAAGGUGCUGCUCAUGUUCAACAGAGAAGAUGACCCCGUGGCCCAGUUUUGUUCCUCGUCCGCUAAAAUUCAUUCCAUCGUAAAGCUGUUCCUCGAUUUGUUCAGCAAUGCAACCACCGCGCAGCUUUUCUACACCAACGAUGUCAAAGUUUUGCUCGACAUCAUUUCCCGGCAGCUUGCAGACCUUUCUCCAGGAGAUGAGCGGCGUGGGCAGUAUUUGGAGCUGUGUCGGCGGGUGGUGCGAGAGUCGGACUACACGGAGCACAACCACCGGAAGGAAGACCUGGUUCGCAGCCUGCAACACAUCCAGUCCGAGGAGAACGACGACAGCCGCGCCGACCAGCAGCUCGUGCGCAAGAUCUUUGACGAAUUUCCGCACAUUUUCGCCACCGCGUCAGACAAUUAAUCUUAUAGCUUUAUUUCCAAACUCUUCACAAUAACCUAGCGAGACUAACGCCGCAAUCGGCAGAGAUCUGAAGUAAAAGAAAAACAUGGCGCCGCGGUUUUUUGUAUAUACAUGGAUGGGAAGAUUCGUUGCGUAUGUAUUUUUGGAGUAAAAAGCAGGCUUCAGUUUUCCUCUCCCGGCAGUGCAACUGCGCUCGGCAACUGAGUUUUGAAACCAAAGUUCAAAUUUUCCGCGUAGCCUCAAAAGAU